CGCGUAGCCAGGAAUGGGUAUCAGUUAGUAAUAAGACAUUCAUUCAAAAUGUUGAAAUUACUAUCAGCUUUUGUAUUGGCAGUUCUGCUGGCUGAAGUAACUAGCCAACGCUUUAUUUUGCCAACGUAUAGACCACCACCCAAAAGACCUGUUAUUAUUCGCACUGUGAGGGAAACAGGAGUGGAAGAACCAAAAUGGCUAUAUCAAGGUGACAUACCACGAGCACCAGCAACUGGAGACCAUCCUAACUUGCCUUCUUAUAUUAAUGAUAUUAAACUGGACCCAAACACAAGAGUUGCACGUAGCUUGGAUUCUCCUAGUGGUAAACUUUAUGGUGGAGGAUCUCACACAUCUUCGAGAAGUGGGGAUACUGGGGCUACUCAUCCAGGCUACAAUCGACGUAAUACCAGGGGUGUGAAAUUACCCCGUUACCCAUUCCCUCAUACGCCACCUUUCAACCCAAAAGUUCGUUUGCCUCAAAUUAGAACUGCUUAAAUUGAACUGUAUUGUUAUACGUAUGUAACUGUUAACUUAUACAAAUAAAUAAAUAUGAAAUAAAUGAUCUAUAAUAUGUA